AUGGCCACAAAGGCUGAACAUACCAUGAGGAGGGCAACAGAAAUCCAGGGCCUUGUGGCUGCCCAUCCAGCAGAGUCAGGUCCAGAUGCUGGGUCUGAGAGCUUGACAGGCAAGACACCCCAGCAGCUGGCAGCCUUCCAGGAUAUCUUCAAACUCUUCAGCUGCAGCCCAACAGGUACCGUGGACAUGCGCAGCAUGAAAGGUGCCCUAGGCAAUGUGGGUAUCCAACUGAGUCCACAGGAGACGUUCGAGGCUCUGCGGCAGGCAGACUUGGAUGGUGUUGGAAUCGUAAGCUUCAGUGACUUCCUGGGUGUCUUCAAUGACAACCACCGCUUGGCUCAGUGCAUGGGUGAGGGGCAAGGCUGCCAGGUCUGUGACCCCCAGGGACUGCAGACCCUGUUCUUGGAAAUGCUGUUCAAGCUGCUGGGCCGGGGCUUUGUGCCCUCCAAAUUGGCACAGGAGGUGAUGAGCUACUACUUCAAGAAGCAGUGGGCUCUGGGGCUCAGCCCAGGCUGCGGGGGUUGGGGGGCGCUCCACGCGGGCCUCACCUUCUGCCACGCGGCGCGCAUCAGCGGCCUCUCCAACUAGGAGCUGGCGCGCUCGCUGCACAGACUGCACGAAGGAUCCCGGGCCAGCCACGAGAGCCUCCGUCCCCUCAAACAGGGCUCCCUCGCCGCCAACUCUAGUAAAGAAGCAGUCUUUCUCCCAGGCGCCCGCUGGUUUGCAGAGGCCUGCUAUGAAGAGCUUGUACAAGUAAAGCGUUUGCUGAGCGAAACAGGCUGCGGCGGGCACUGA